AUGAUCACACUCUUUGUCGCUCUUUACUCUCUGCUUUGUCUCUGCACAGCUGUAAAAACUUCGGACAUCAAGGAGCUUCACGUGAAAAGAGUAAAGCGUGGAGAAGAUGUAACUAUGGAGUGUGACAUUAGCAGGGUCAAAGACAAAGAUAAGGUAGUUUGGUGCAGACAGAGUUUUGGAAAAGUGCCUCAGUUUUUAGCAAGACAUUACGGGCAAAAUAAUUACAGAUUUGCUGAGGGAUUUAAAGAUAGCCGCUUCAGUAUUACUGUAAAUGACCGUAAGUUUGAUCUCUACAUUAAUGGAGCAAGAGAAGAUGAUGGAGGAGAAUAUUUCUGUGUAGAAUUGGAUGGAAGUGCACUAGAGUUCACAUCUGGAACACGUCUGCAAUUUGAAGGUAAAGAGAUGAAACACUGUCCUACACCUGGAACGGUUAACAAGAACACAGAUUCUACAUCCCAGGGUUCGAACAGCAGCAAUGGAGAAGGUGUUUCAUCAAGAAACCAUCAAAUUCCCACCAAUCAGGCUGAUGAUGAAGAUGUCUUGAACUAUGCAGCUGUGAGUUUUGCUAAGAAACCUUCAUCCUCCAGAACCUCCAGAGACAAGAGCCAUGAAGACGUUUAUGCACAAGUUAAAAUAAAAUAGAUAAAGAGAAAUGACUUCACACUUGAAAUACAAUAUAAAUACAAUUAUUCACCCAGUUUGUAGACAGAUGUGUUAUAUUUUAAUCAGACAAAAACUUUUUUAUUGCUGUAAGUUUUAUCACCAUUUCCAAACCUUUGUAAUGUACUAAUUUGCCUUACUUGAUGGAUGUAUUUUUUUUUAAUUUUAUUUAUUGAUUUUUAUCACUUUUAUUUUAAUUUUACUUUCAUUGUCUGCUGUUUUUUUUCUGAAAGCCUUACAUUUGGAAUGUUUUCUCAGCAUUUUCUCUUAAAGUUUAUAGUUUUCUAUAAUGUAAAUUUUUUAUUUAUUUAUUUAUUUUUCGAUUUUGAAGGUUAAACUAUGGCUAAGGUUAAGAAAUGGCUCAUGGUACACAAUUUGCUUAAACUUUUAUUUUGUAAUUUAUU